AUGACUAUUGUUGCAGCUUUUCUGUUCUGCAUGUGCUUUUGCCUUGUGGUUUCUUGUGAAGGCUGUAGUCUGGAUGAAAGAGAAACAUUUUUGAAGUUCAAGGGUGAUCUUGAAGACCCUUCAAGCUUUCUGUCAUCUUGGGUUGGACAAAAGGAUUGUUGUACAUGGUUUGGAGUCGUCUGUGAUAAAUUUACUGACCAUGUCACUGAGCUUCAUCUCGGAUGGCCUUCUUCUUGGCACGAUUCUAUGUUUAGUGACCUUGCAAGAAAUAGUAUCAACAGGGCUAUUCCAACAAAUUUUGGGGCUCUUGCACAACUGCAUUAUGUGGAUAUCUCUCAGAACUCAUUGCAUGGUGUUGUUUACCCUGACAUUCAUUUUGCCAACCUCAAAAAGUUGGCUUGCUUUUAUGCAUCUGGAAACCAUAUGGUGUUGAAAGUUAAACCAGAUUGGGAUCCUUCCAAGCUACUUCAAGUAUUAGACCUAGAAUCCUGCUUCGAUUGCCUGGAAGGAUGUGUUGCUAAUCUCAGUUCCUUGGCUACCCCAAACAAUGAUACUUCAGACAUCAGUUGGCCCUUUGGUGGUCUGGGGAAAUCAUAUUUGGAUACUCAGAUUCUAGUGAGGAAAGGGCAGUUGUUGGAUUGCAGCACCAUACUGAACAAUGUCGUAAGACCUAACCGCGAUGCUAUCUCUCGAAUCAAUGGAUCUAUCAAUGAACCAGCUAUCCAGAUCAAUCCCUUCAAGCCUCGGAAGUCUCACAUUCUUCAAUUACUUGAACUUGUCGUACACAACUUGGGUGGUAAAAUUCCUUCAAGAACUCAACUGCUGAGUUUUGAUUCAUUUAGCUUCACUGGCAACCAACAACUUUGCAGGCCUCCGUUGAAUGCGGACUGCAGCAAUGACAGCAGCAGAGUGCUCGGUUUAAUGGAUGGAGAAGGAAAUGAUGAAGAGCAUGAAUUGCAUUGGUUCUCUGGCAGCAUAGCUCUGGAUUUUGUGGGCGGUUUCUGUAGUGUGGUUGCACUUUUUGCAUUCAACCGUCCGUGAUGAAGUCGUAUAUAUUUGUCACUACAUUGAUUCAUAUACGGGAUGGAU